AUGGUCGUUUAAUAACAGAUGAUUGAACGCGUUCCGCGGCGCGGCCUAGCAUUUAUCUGUCAAAAGUGGUGACGGCCGGCCGAUCGGCGAUGAGCCGGCUCACGCGCGCCUGUUGAUCCUCCUUACGAAUCGAUUGCAGGUUAUCGACACGGAUACGCUAUUGAUGAGAGCCGCGUGUGCAAGUCUGUUGUGUUCAACGUUACGUUUUUUCGAGCGGCAUAAACCAACCCACCGAUCGCGAGACCGAGUGCACCAUCAAGCAAACGUUUAAUUCCUUUAUUAUGUGAUCGUGAACCGUGAUCGAACGGUAGCACAGAGAAGGCAGGCAGGCAGGAAGGAAGGAAUGAACGAAAGAAGUAAAAUGCGAUACGUUCGAGUCAAUGUUUUCUGCUAUAUCAUCGUGGCGGUUCUUUUUCUAGCGCCAUUCAGUUACGCAGGUGGAAACGGGGCGAGUUUGCCCAAACUAUGCAACUUGAGCAUCGCGAAGGAGCAAUGUGGCCCGCACGAAACGUGCAUUCAAUAUUCGAAAGACGUGGCACCACGAUGCGAUUGCGAGUUGCACUACGAAUUCGUGGGCGAGAAAUGCGUGCAGACCACGACCACUUUGAGCAUUAGCGUGACUGCUCAACCAGAUCCUAAACUCAACUCGGGAGGUAGUUCUGUAGCGGCUGGUUUGUUAAUCCCAACCUUCCUCGUAGUAAUUGGUGUCUUGCUGUACUUCGGCGCGAGACGAUACAAAUGGCUACAACGAUUUCGACAGUUCCGUCAGAAUCGUUACGGCAACGUUCUAAUCACGAGGGACGACGACGACGACGAUGACGAUCCACCCAUAGCGUAAGGGGGUGUGGAACGAUGAACGACGUAUGUAUGUGCCGUGUACAAAGUGCGUUCUUUUGUUUCUUCUCGUCGAAGGGACGGAUUUUAACACUAGAGACACGUUCGGUUACGCAAUUCGGGAUUAAAAGCGGCAAGCUUUGAGUUGUCGUCGCGCGUCUAUUUUUUAGAAGCGACGGGAGCUCUUGAAAUCCCCCCCAGUUCCAAAAAAUGGGAUUCAGGUUAUUUUUCUGAUCCUCGAUCCUAUUGGCUGCGAAUUCUGCUGAUUUCGCUGGAUUUCGUACGCGAACUCGAAGCUUGCUCACGCUUAGGGAACAACGUUGUGUAACUUUGUGUAUAUGUAAUAUCAAGCGAAAGUUCAGGUAUAAGGUAUACACAAGAGAAAAUAUCGUCGAACUGAAUCAAGAGGCUAAAUAAUUGUAAAGGGGUGCUAGUGUAAGUAGACGUGUCUUUAUGCUGGCAAUCAGAAGUUUCUAAUGUUUCUUCACGCGUUUUUUUACUUUAUCCGUAUCGACGACGAUUCGUAACCAAUAAGAAAUUUAGCUCAAUUCUAUCGAUAUAUAUAAAUUAUGGAACGUUCGUAAUUUGAUCUAUUUGUUUAAAAUUAGUUUUAACUAUCGUAUAAAGAUUCUACUACUUACACGACCGCUGAUUAUAUGUUUAUACACGAUGAUCGUAAGGGAUGUGGGGUAACUGACUGCGUUCUCGGUAGCUAUUAAGAACAUACUGAAAGCAUAAUUUUUUACGAUGAUAUUAAUAAGCUGGUCAGUAAAUUUUACACGUUAUUAAUAUUUUGUAUAAAAGCGGAGACUGUCGGGUCAUUUCACUGUAUGGAAAUUCUAGGAAAAUGAUACUAGGCGUUACUAUUCUAUCGAUAAAAUCGUAAUUUCGAUUUCUCGAUGAAAUUUUUGCACGCGACGCGAUUAAUAUUCUCGCGAUCGUAUCAAGGAUUCCAUAGUUUUUCAACGCACGCCAAAUAUCGAUAUUAAAUAUUAACGUACUCUUCCUAUUCGAGAAAUUGAUAACGCGUCUAUAAUAAUUAUUCGUGUCGCAUGGGUAAAGUUUCAUCGUUCUCACGAAAGUCUUGUUUUCUCGAGGAUAAUUCUCAAAAUAGACACGAUUGACGUUUGACGUUAUUUUACCAAAGAAUAAAGAUUCCAGGAUCCAAAUUAACUUCAAGUGGACAGGCAGUUUAACGUAGCGUUUAAAAUGUCGAAGCAGGACUCGUCGAUCUUUGCCGCGCGGUAUAAUUGGGAAUAAAAUCAAUCGAAUAAGUCAGUGAAAAAAACUAAGAAAAACACCGCGUGUAGAGAAUCGACGAUUUCGGGCUUGGAUCGUGCAUCGAUCGACCGAAGUUAACUUUUAAACUGUAAAACGUUUAGAAACCACUGCCCUCAUACCAAAAGAACGUUACAGUUCUUAUCGUGCUCGAUGUCGUAUUUUGUAAUAUAACAAAAUUUGUAAAUAAUCCUCCGCCAUUCCGUGGACGCGUAUUCUUGCCAGCCAAUAAUUCACUUUCCUAUAGCGUGUAAUCUAAUUAAUCGUGAUUCCAAAAAGAAAUAAAAAUUGCAUCGUCUAUAUUUAUAUUCCUGAGAAAUGGGAGUCCUCCCGCUCGCGAAAGAUUUAUCGAGACGUACGUUCUCGAGAUUUAUAAAUACAUAUAAAUAUAAAUAUAUAUUUAUGUAUAUGUAUAUGUAUUUAUAUAUUCAUAUAUACAUUAUACACAUUUAACCUAUUCUUGUACUCUAUCAUUUUUGUACAGAACAAUCGCACUAGAAGCUAACCAUAGAGAUUAUAGUCGGUGCUCGAGAUCGAUCCGGAUUCGUUAGACCGUUCGGCAUCGCGAGACAAGAUUUAAUAUUUUUAUAGUUCGCGAGUACAAAUUUUGAACGGUGCGACUGGUACUAGCGAAUUAUCAUUAUUGUGUUCUUUAUUUUACGUGUCGUCGAUAUUUUGACUGAGCAUUUUGCGAUAUAAAAACUGCGAGACACGACAUUUUCUCACUUGUUAUCGCGCGUCUAUCACCGAACUGCUAAUUCCAAUGCAACUUUACAAUUUGACUGAAUAUAAUUGUUGUUACCGUUCUUUUUUAAGCCACAGCCACGUUCACACGAAGCAUUCGUAAUCUUGUGUUACGAUUCGAAGUUGGAAUACUAUCUCUGUACUUCGAAUCGAAGUUAUUCAACACUGUAUUUACGAGAAUGAUUGAUUCUGUGCACGCGUGGCUCUGUUAAGUUGUAAAUUUUACUCUGUGAUGUAUUUUACGUUAUCCUUGACUGAACGCUUGUCAUCGACUAAAUCGCACUUAUGGCACAAUCUGUUAGAAUUAAAGUUCACUCGAACGCGAAAACGUACGAUUCUUCGAGGUUUUCGACAAGUACACGUAAAAUUUUACACGUUCGUUUCGUUAUGUAACCUA